AUGGAAGUAGGAUUAAGCAUAAAAAGUGAUCAAGGAGGGCAAUACAAUGGCAAGAUCACAUGGUUUGUUCUUUUGUCUUGUAUGAUGGCUGCCAUGGGAGGAGUCAUUUUUGGCUAUGAUAUUGGAAUUUCAGGUGGUGUGACCUCAAUGGAACCAUUUCUGGAGAAAUUCUUCCCGGAAGUGUACAGAAAGAUGAAAGAAGACACAAAGAUUAGCAAUUACUGCAAGUUUGAUAGCCAAUUGUUGACCUCCUUCACAUCCUCAAUGUAUGUUGCUGGUUUUCUUGCUUCAUUCUUUGCCUCAUCGAUGACCAAAGCAUUUGGACGCAAGCCAUCGAUUGUUUUGGGAGGUGCUGCCUUCCUUGCUGGUGCUGCCCUGGGUGGUGCAGCAUUUAACAUUUUCAUGCUAAUAUUUGGUCGAGUCCUACUUGGAGUUGGUGUUGGUUUUGCUAAUCAGUCAGUCCCACUCUAUCUCUCCGAAAUGGCACCACCAAGAUACAGAGGAGCAAUCAACAAUGGGUUCCAAUUUAGUAUUGGCAUCGGGGCACUCUCUGCUAACCUCAUAAACUAUGGCACUGAAAAGAUAAAAGGCGGUUGGGGCUGGAGAAUGUCCCUAGCCAUGGCAGCAGUCCCAGCUGCAAUUCUUACACUAGGUGCACUUUUCCUCCCAGAAACUCCAAACAGUCUCAUUCAGCGCACCGACACAGAAAGAGCUAAGCUAAUGCUACAACGAGUCCGAGGCACUGAAGAUGUUGAAGUAGAACUUGAUGAUCUCAUCAAAGCUAGCUCAAUCUCGAAAACCGUUGAGCACCCGUUUAAGAAUAUCUUAAAAAGGAAGUAUAGGCCUCAACUAGUAAUGGCAAUAACCAUACCAUUUUUUCAGCAGGUAACAGGAAUCAAUGUCAUUGCAUUCUAUGCUCCUAUACUUUUCAGGACAAUAGGACUAGGAGAAAGCGCAUCCCUCAUGUCUUCAGUUGUGACUGGGAUUGUGGGUACUGGAUCAACAUUUAUAUCAAUGCUUAUAGUCGACAAACUUGGCAGAAGACCAUUGUUUAUAUUUGGUGGCGUGCAGAUGUUGGUGUCACAAAUAAUGGUUGGAGGGAUAAUGGCAGCUCAGCUAGGUGAUCAUGGUGGUAUAGACAACGGGUAUGCUUAUGUUGUACUGAUUUUGAUAUGCAUUUACGUUGCUGGGUUUGGCUGGUCAUGGGGUCCAUUAGGAUGGUUAGUUCCCAGUGAGAUUUUUCCUCUGGAAAUUCGAUCAGCUGCGCAAAGUAUUGUGGUUGCAGUAAGCUUUCUCUUCACUUUCAUUGUUGCUCAAACCUUUCUAGCCAUGCUUUGCCACUUCAAGUCUGGGAUUUUCUUUUUCUUUGGGAGCUGGGUUGUAGUGAUGACCGCCUUUAUGUAUUACUUGUUGCCGGAGACCAAGAAUCUGCCAAUUGAGAAAAUGGAUAGGGUGUGGAGGGAGCACUGGUUUUGGAACAGAAUUGUGGGCGAAAUGGAUGAAGAGGCUAAAAUUGAAGCUGCAUGA